UCAACCGUUUUCCAAAACUUCAAGAUGUUGUCCAAGAUCGCCACUUCCGCUCUCUUGAUCGGAGCCUCUGCUGCCGCCGCUGCUCCCGCUCGUGUCUAUACUACCGUGGUCGCCACUGUGACUGUAGACCCUGCCGUCGCCGCUGCCGCUGCCGCGCCCACCACCUCCAAGGUUGCUCCUCCAGCUCCUGUCGUUCCAUCUGUCGUAUUCUCUUCCGUGCCGGCCGUUCCCGUCGUCUCAUCCGUCGUUGCGCCUGUCGUUCCCCCCGUCGUUCCCUCUGUCUUGCCCUCCAAGGUUUCCUCCAAGGUUUCCUCUGCGGUUCCCUCUGCGGUUCCUUCUGCUGUGCCCUCAGGCGCGCCAGGCACUCCCGCUCCUGUUGGCGGUGGCAGUGGUAGCAUCUCAGUCACUCCCCACGAUGUUUACGGUUCUUCCAUUGGCGUUCUCGGCUGCCACGUGAAUGUCAACCGCAUUGCCUACUGGCCCACGUUCCCAGGCUGCGACAACCUUUGCAAGAAGGUCACAUCCAACGGCCGCUCCGUCUACAUUCUUCACAUUGAUCAAUCCGGUGGUGCUCACGACAUCUCGUAUGACGCUUGGAAUUAUCUCAACUCCGGUUCAAGCGCCACGGAGAACCCUACUAUGGGUGGUGGUAUCCCCGCAACUUGGGAGGACGCGGACAUGGAUAACUGCAAAGACAUCAUCAAGACUCCCGAUGGCAAGCUUCCUCUUUCUGCGGCCAACUCGAUGAACACUUGGGCGGGUUGCCCUGCUGGCAGCUACGUGCACGAAAACUCUUCUCUCUGGAACGUUCUCAACCCCAAUGCUUGCACUUUCGGUUACAACGAGCGCUGCACCAUCGACUUGGCUGUGAGCAACCAGGCCAGCUGUCCCCACGUCCUCGGCGCAAACAACGCCCUGACCGGUGUCCCUGUCGAGAACAUCCAAUACGGAAAGUCAAGCAAGGUCACGGCUUUGCAAUAGAUGCCUAUGAAAGAGUUUAUCACGUCGGAGGAGUUUCUUGAUUUUGGUCCCAUUCUUGCUGCACAUAUGAACAACCUUCGUUUCUCGAGAUAUCAUUGUCGCGACAUUUUUUUUCUUGCUUCACAAGCUGUCGCGCGUUCUUCACAAAAUCAAAGAAAUCAAUGAUUUUUCCCAUCCAAACAUGCAAACACGAAACAAUGCCACACUGUGAUUGACUCAACCGCAAUCCGCGUUUCUUCGUUCGGGAACUAAACCGUCAUCCUGAAACACUAUGGCUGACAUAGACUUGACCGAAUGCGCAAGAACCCCCUCUUUCUGACUAGCCCCGGCGAGCUCCUUGCGAAAAACAGCCCCAAUCGUUAGCCACUCUCACCAACCGUGCGCAGCAUUAGUCGACCCCGAGCAGCCAUUAUUGGAAGAUCACCAUCGGACUUUGGAAUCUUACGGGAUAUCCAGCGUGGGCGCAGUCGCCUUUCCACUCUCUCCACCCGCGAGCGCCUUGGAUUCCGGGAAUUUGCGCCUCACGCGGGUCCUUCUGAUGUAGGCAAAUGGUGCAGUCGCAUCCUCGCGGGCGACUACGCCCCAAGGUUUUUUUUGCUUGCAGGAAUCAGGGGGUGGUUGACCGAGGCGGCGCUAUGUGCUGUUCAUCAGGCGAAGCACACUGCAUUCACCGGAAGAGGAUCGCAACUCCUGCGCUUUUCGUUGCUUUUUCUC